AUGCAUUAUGUCUUUGGAUACAGAACUGAACUAAUGGUCUGUUUCUGGUCGUGUUAUUUUGAAUUAAAGAAGUACGUCUUAGAUUCUUUGCUUCAACAGAAAAAAUGUGAACGUUAUUGGCCAUUGUAUGGAGAAGCAGCAGUAACUUUUGGACCAUUUCGUGUUUCAUGUGAAGCUGAGCAAGCAAGAACAGAUUACUUCAUUAGAACGUUAUUACUUGAAUUUCAAAAUGAAACUCGUAGUGUCUAUCAAUUUCAUUAUGUUAACUGGCCUGACCAUGAUGUCCCGUCGUCUUUUGAUUCUAUUCUGGACAUGAUCAGUUUGAUGAGAGAAUACCAGGAACAUGAAGAUGUACCAAUCUGCAUACACUGCAGUGCAGGGUGUGGAAGAACAGGAGCCAUCUGUGCCAUAGAUUAUACAUGGAAUUUGCUUAAAGCUGGGAAAAUACCUGAAGAGUUCAAUGUAUUUAAUUUAAUACAGGAAAUGAGGACGCAAAGGCAUUCUGCAGUGCAGACAAAGGAGCAGUAUGAACUUGUCCAUCGAGCCAUAGCACAACUGUUUGAAAAGCAACUGCAAAAAUAUGAAAGCUGUACGGACUGGAAGAUUGCAGAUGGCGUGGAUGAAAAUAAUACAGAGAAUGCUGUGAGUUCUUCAGAUGCUCAGAAACAGGAUUCUCCACCACCAAAGCCUCCACGGACCCGCAGUUGCCUUGUAGAAGGAGAUGCUAAAGAGGAAAUAUUGCAGCCUCCGGAGCCUCAGCCAGUACCACCUAUCUUAACACCAUCUCCUCCAUCAGCCUAUCCGACAGUUACUACGGUGUGGCAGGACAAUGACAGAUACCAUCCAAAGCCAGUUUUGCACAUGGUCUCAUCAGAGCAUUCAACAGACCUCAAUGAGAAUUAUAAUAAAACCACAGAACUUUCAGGAAAGAGUGAACCCAGUGAACGUAUGGAGAAAAGGCUGGAGCGCAACUUGAGCUUUGAAAUCAGGAAAGUACCUCUUCAGGAAGGCCCACGAAGCUUUGAUGGGAACUCCCUGUUGAACAGGGGACAUGCAAUUAAAGUUAAGCCCGCGUCAUCCUCUGUCAUUGAUAAGAACUUGAAGUCACAGGAGCAGGUUUCAGGGGAUUCAUUUGUGGAUGCUUCUAAAAACUCAUGUAUGGAAUGCAGCGUGCCACAGUCUAACACAGCCUUAAUACCUUCACCAGAAAGUCUGCAGGGCCAGCAGGUUUCUGAUGCUCCACCAAGACCAGAUCGUCUGCCUCUAACAGAAAAGGGACAUGCCAGGUGGUCGCUGCACGGGCCUGAAAAUGCACUGCGUACAUCAGUGUCUGAAGAGGUGUCUUCAGAUGGCUUAUGUCACGGGGUUAAUGCUCUCUCUCUAGUAUCGAACACCACAGUUGAACUUCCUUCCAGUGAUAAAGGUGAUCAUAGUGCUAUUUCUCUUCGAGCACCCCUCUGUUUUACUAAUCCUCUUCAUUCAGAUGAUUCUGACACAGAUGAAAUGAACUUUGACGGAGCCAUGAGCAGAAGUGCAUCUAAUAUUUCAACCGCAAGUGCCACUGUUUCUGCUGCCACUACUACCGAAAACAUUUCUGCCAGAAAAGUAUUGCCAAUGUCAAUUGCUAGGCAAGACUCAGCUGCUGUAAUGUGUUCUGAAGAUGGCAAAGAUGCUGAUAAUAGUGAAGACUCUUCUCCCCCACUCCCAGAAAGAACACCGGAAUCAUUUGUAUUAGCAAGUGAACCAAGCACACCCUUACCGAAGUCAGCUAUGAUUGCACAGUCUGAGUGGAGCACAUUGCGUGAUCAGCAUCUCCCUGAACAAACAAUCUAUACGGGUUUGAAAACAACUUCACCUGUGCUACCUGGUCGUCCUGAAAUAAGCAACAAAACACCAACGGAUGUUUUACCUCAGAUUUCUUUUUCUGGUUCCAGUGAUCCAAGAGGUCAAAUUUCAGAUCUUCCCGCAGAAAUAACAGAUAUUGGUUUUGGUAACCGCUGCGGAAAGCCCAGAGGACCAAGAGAGCCACCUUCAGAAUGGACAUGAUCCAAGACUUAUGGACAUACUAUCAAUAAAUUAUACUGGAAAACUCAAGUGCCACUGAACUAGAAAAAUAGUAUUCCACUCUUCUGGGGGGCAACUAACACAGAGCAGUGUAGAUCUAACUACCAAAUGGUACACCUUUACAGUACAUCCCACGCAAAACCUUAAACAUUGUUCACAACAGUGGAUUCCAGUAUUACAACUUAACUUUUUGCUGGGGCCAUCUACCUGCCUUAUUACACUUAGGAGAAAGUAUUACAUAUGAUUUAUUUUGUAACUUCAAGUAUUAUUGCCUUAAUGUCUUUUAACCCUGUUACACGCUGCUUGUAGACAUAUGUUAAUAUAGUAAUACUUCGGACAGAUUGUGUUAUGGACUACUUUUUGCUAACGUUUGAUUACCGUGUAUGCAUUAUUUUGUAUAUGUACAGGGCAAGUAAGUAUAUAAUUUGAUAAAGUUGCAAUCAUAAAAUAUUAACAGAAGAUGUAAGAAAUCUCUGCAUGAUCUAAAUUUUUGUGUACCUUAUUUGUAAAUUAUUUGCCCUGAAGUUUUAGAAAAUAGUUUCUGGGGUUUGUUUUUUUUUUUUUACAGAAUUGCUGGACACACACAGCCAGAAUUGCAGGUUAGCAGAGAUAAAGAUUGUAAUACAUUUUGUAAAUUGUAAGCAAAAGGUUAUUUUUAUAUUAUAUACUGUUUAAUUGUCAGACCUGAUUUGUUCUGGUUUUCAUCUAGUCACAGAGAUUCAGUAAGUGCCUUGGAACAAUAUUGAAUUCUCUUAGCCUGUGUAUGUUACUUCAGUGUUUUGAGUUCAUCUGGAAUUAGAUGAUUGAAAAUAUUUGUAUGUUUCUAGUAUAUUUGUCCUGCCAGUAAAAGAGAAACCAUUCUACAUCUUCAA